AAAGAAGGCAGUCCAGACCUUAAAAUACACUAGUGUUUCUGCUCCUGAGGUUAUCACUUAUUUCUUGGUGUAGCUCUCACCUUCCUGUGAUUUGGACUUUGAAGAAGAAUCUUCGGUGAUCCCGGAGCUUGGACAGCCAAUGAGCAUCGGCCACCAGCAGCCCAGAUUGGACAGGGAGCUGUCCAUGUCUGUGUCAGAGUCUAAUUGGAUGAAGCCCUUGCCACAAACACAACUACUCUUCUGAUUACAUAGAUCCAUCAACCCUGGCAACAAGAUGGCAAGUAUUUGGUGAUGUUUUUGUUUAUAGAAGGUCUUUUAGAACCUCUUUCAGACCCAGAGCUUUAAAGACUGGAAGAAAUACAGGUUCUAUAGGGAAUGAGAACAGCCCCAGGGUGCAGCAGAUCCAAAGGACGACUGAGGCCAAGACCGUGUGGAGAGCAGAGAGAUACUAUGGACGCAAUAUCUUCUGAAGAUGUAACUGUGAACUUCAGUCAGGAGGAGUGGGAACUACUAAAUCCUUCAGAGAAGAAACUCUACAAUGAUGUGAUGUGGGAAAUAUUCCAUAAUCUUGUCUCAAUAGGAAAAUUGCUGGAAGAUUCUUUCAUUGAACAAUCAGAAGACCAAGAAGGGAGUAAACAAAGAAAUAUAGAAGAUAAGACAUCUGAGAAGAAGGAAGGAAGUCUUUAUAGAGAAAAACUUCAUCACUAUGAAAUACAUGAAAAACCUCACAGUGGAGAGAAACCCUAUGAAUGUCAACUAUGCAGUAAGAUAUUCAGUUGCUCCAAUUCUCUUCGGAGCCAUGAAAGAAUUCACAAUGAAGAGAAACCGUAUGAAUGUAAACAAUGUAGUAAAACAUUCGGUCAUUCAACCUCUCUUCAGUUACAUAAAAGAAUUCACAGUGGAGAGAAACCCUAUGAAUGUAAACAAUGUUGUAAAGCAUUCAGUUGUUCCAGUUCUCUUCGUGUACAUGAAAGAAUUCACAGUGGAGAGAAACCUUAUGAAUGUAAACAAUGCAGUAAAACAUUCAGUUUUUCCAGUUCUCUUCGUGUACAUGAAAGAAUUCACAGUGGAGAGAAACCUUAUGAAUGUAAACAAUGCAGUAAAACAUUCCUUUGUUUCAGUCAUCUUCGGAGCCAUGAAAGAAUUCACAGUGGAGAGAAACCCUAUGAAUGUAAACAAUGCAGUAAAACAUUCAGUUGUUCCAGUUCUCUUCGUGUACAUGAAAGAAUUCACAGUGGAGAGAAACCUUAUGGAUGUAAACAAUGCAGUAAAACAUUCAGUUGUUCCAGUUCUCUUCGUGUACAUGAAAGAAUUCACAGUAGAGAGAAACCUUAUGAAUGUAAACAGUGUAGUAAAACAUUCAGUUGUUCCAGUUCUCUUCGGAAACAUGAAAGAACUCACAGUGCAAAGAAUCCUUAUGAAUGUAAACAAUGUAGUAAAACAUUCCUUUGUUUCAGUUAUCUUCGGAGCCAUGAAAGAAUUCACAGUGGAGAGAAACCCUAUGAAUGUAAACAAUGUAGUAAAACAUUCAGUUCUUCCAGUUCUCUUCGGAGCCAUGAAAGAAUUCACAGUGGAGAGAAACCCUAUGAAUGUAAACAAUGUUGUAAAGCAUUCAGUUGUUCCAGUUCUCUUCGGAGCCAUGAAAGAACUCACAGUGGAGAGAAACCUUAUGAAUGUAAACAAUGUAGUAAAGCAUUCAGUUUUUCCAGUUCUCUUCGGAAACAUGAAAGAACUCACAGUGGAGAGAAACCCUAUGAAUGUAAACAAUGUAGUAAAGCAUUCAACCAGGCCGGUAAUCUUAGGGUACAUGAAAGAACUCACAGUGGAGAUAAACCCUAUGAAUGUAAACAGUGUAGUAAAGCAUUCAGUUGUUCCAGUUCUCUUCGUGUACAUGAAAGAAUUCACAGUGCAGAGAAACCCUAUGAAUGUAAACGGUGUAGUAAGACAUUCAGUGUUUUCAGUUCUCUUCUUUCACAUGAAAGAAUUCACAGUGGAGAGAAACCCUAUGAAUGUAAACAAUGUAGUAAAACAUUCCGUUGUUCCAGUUAUCUUCGGAGACAUGAAAGAAUUCACAGUGGAAAGAAACCCUAUGAAUGUAAACAAUGUAGUAAGACAUUCAGUUUUUCCAGUUCUCUUCUUUUACAUGAAAGAAAUCACCGUGGAGAGAAACCCUAUGAAUGUAAACUAUGUAGUAAAACAUUCAAUAAUUCAAGCUCUCUUCGGACACAUGAAAGAAUUCACAGUGGGGAAAGACCCUAUAAAUGUAAACAUUGUAGUAAGGCCUUUGGCUAUCCUUUCACUCUUCAGUUACACGAAAGAACUCACAGUGGAGAGAAACCCUAUGAAUGUAAAUAUUGUAGUAAGACAUUCAUUUGUUCCGGCUAUCUUAGAAUCCAUGAAAGAACUCACAACGGAGAGAAACCAUAUGAAUGCAAACAAUGUAAUAAGACAUUCAGUUGUUCCAGUUCGCUUCGGAAACAUGAAAGAACUCACAGUGGAGAGAAACCCUAUGAAUGUAAACAAUGUAAUAAAGCAUUUAAUUGUUCCAGUUCUCUUCGGACACAUGAAAGAAUACACAGUGGAGAGAAACCCUAUGAAUGUAAACAAUGCAGUAAGAAAUUCAUUUGUUUCAGGUCUCUUCGGGAACAUGAAAGAACUCACAGUGGAGAGAAACCCUAUGAAUGUAAACAAUGUAGUAAGACAUUUAGUUGUUCUAGUUCUCUUCGGGUACAUGAAAGGACUCACAGUGGAGAGAAACCCUAUGAAUGUAAGCAGUGUAGUAAGACAUUCAUUUGUUCCAGUCAUCUUCGGAGUCAUGAAAGAACUCACAAUGAAGCGAAACACUGAAAUAAAUACUGUAAAUAAGUAGUAAGACAUUCAUUUUU